UUUCGUGACCCCCCCCCCCCCCCCCCCCCUCUCUCUCUCUCUCUCUCUCUCUAUCCCUAGGUAGCUAUCCGCCUCCACUUGGCCAUUUCCCACAUCCUGCUUCCGGAGCUCACCAUCAUCGUCCCUUGCUGGCCUCAACUGCUCUUCUCACUCCAUCUCCUGCUGGUGUAGCAUUUGGAGUCUCGGAGACCUUGAAUUGGCUCGCCAAGAACAAGUCCUAUGGAAGAAAGCUCCAUGAAAAGAGAAGCCAUGCCCCGACUCCUGGAUCUCAUCCCAGACGAGAAAGAAUGGAGUCUGAGAGGAGGAGCACCAGGGCAGGCAAGAUCGAAAAACACAGGCUUCGGGAGCGAAGAGGACGAGAAACUGGAGCUGAAGCUUGGCCUUCCAGGCCUCGUAGAGGAGGAGCCAGCGGCCAGCUCAAGGGAGAACAACAGGGUGCAUCAGGAGAGCCCGGCCCUCUCCCUCGGGUACCCCCCUAGACACUCCACGACCAUCACCACGACCACCACCGGAGCAAAGAGGGGAUUCCUGGACACGGUUGAGGCCAAAGCACAAGGUUAUGAGAAGGAGCAGAAGCAGCAGGCGAGGGCAGCAGCAUGUGGGAAGGAACUGGCAGUGGAGGAAAAUACAGCUACCGUCGGUGAGAGGAAGAAAGGGUGCUGUCCCCCACCACCACCACCACAUGCCCCUCCUGCUACACCUGCGCGCAACAUCGGCAACAGACCGCAGGCGCGGGGAAGAGGGGCUGCAGCUCCAGUGGUCGGCUGGCCUCCAAUCCGGUCAUUCAGGAGAAACCUUGCAAGCACUAGUGCAUCCAAACAGCCCCCUGAACCGCAAAUCGGUGAAGCCAAUGCCAAGGCCGUUCUUGACUGCAAGAAAAGCCCUCUUGUAAAAAUCAACAUGGAUGGGAUCCCCAUUGGAAGGAAAGUUGAUCUUGCAGCAUGUGACAGCUACGAGAGACUUUCAUUGGCUGUCAAAGAUCUCUUCCACGGGUUUCUUCAAGUGCAAAGGGACCCGUCUAAGGUUGAACGUACACAGCAAGGAGCAGAUGAAAAUAUAUUUUCGCGGUUGCUAGACGGGUCCGGUGAAUAUACUCUAGUUUACGAAGACAGUGAAGGAGACAGGAUGCUGGUUGGGGAUGUCCCUUGGAAUGUGUUUGUCUCGACCGCUAAAAGGCUGAGGGUUCUGAGAAGCUCAGAGCUUUCCCAUGGUCUGAUUGGAGCUACUCCUGAGAGAACAGCACAUGGCUGAAAUGGUGACACCUUUUCAACCAUUUGAAAUGUUGCUCACUGAAGCCGGAAACUAAAUGAACUCCUAACAAGCAGGGGAAUGUCUCCUUUGUUACUGGUCGGGAGGACCUAAAUCCUGUGGUCAGUUCGGAGAUCGUUGUCCUUUUUGAGGAUUAGUAGUUCAGUACCCUUUUUUUUUGCUUGUAGUGAGAUGAAUUAGCAUACCGCAGAUGCAUGGAGAUAUCCUGCCUAUUUUGUAAAUUAGGCUACCUUGUAUUUAACGCUAUAGUUCUUGAUUCAGUUACACAGAUUCGGUGCCUA